AGGGAGCGCUGAGGGAGCGCUGAGGGGGCGGCGGCGGCGGGACGGCCGUGAGGGCGGCGGCGCUGCUGCUGCUGCUAGUGACGGUGACGGUGGUGGGGCAGCGCAGAGGCGGCUCGGAGGGGACGCGGGACCGACUCCGAGGCGGCUCUGAGGGGACUCGGGGACCAUGGCAGACCACGAAGCGGGGUACCCGUCCAAGUUCCGGCGGACUCAAGAUGAUGCCGAUCCUGGCCUCGGUGUGUGUGGAUGGAUCCUGGUGAUCACCUCGCUUAUUUUCACUGUUCUUACAUUUCCUAUAUCAGUAUGGAUGUGCAUAAAGAUUAUCAAGGAAUACGAGCGAGCCAUCAUCUUCCGACUUGGACGCAUCCUAAAAGGAGGAGCAAAGGGACCAGGUUUGUUUUUUGUCCUGCCUUGCACAGACAGCUUCAUCAAAGUUGAUAUGAGAACCAUCUCUUUUGAUAUCCCUCCUCAGGAGAUCCUGACCAAGGACUCGGUGACAAUUAACGUGGAUGGAGUGGUUUAUUACAGGGUGCAGAACGCCACCCUGGCCGUGGCAAACAUCACCAACGCCGACUCAGCCACCCGGCUCCUGGCACAGACCACCCUGAGGAAUGUCCUGGGCACCAAAAACCUCUCUGAGAUCCUCUCUGACCGUGAGGAAAUUGCACACAGCAUGCAGGCCACACUUGAUGAGGCAACAGACAAUUGGGGCAUUAAGGUGGAACGUGUGGAGAUCAAGGAUGUGAAGUUACCUGUCCAGCUGCAGAGAGCCAUGGCUGCAGAAGCAGAGGCUGCCCGGGAGGCGAGAGCCAAGGUGAUCGCGGCCGAGGGGGAGAUGAACGCGUCCAGGGCCCUGAAGGAGGCGUCCAUGGUGAUCACGGAGUCUCCCGCUGCUCUGCAGCUCCGGUACCUGCAGACCCUGACCACCAUCGCUGCUGAGAAGAAUUCCACCAUCGUCUUCCCCCUGCCCAUAAACAUCCUGCAGGGCCUCCUAGAACGGAUUAAUAAAAGAAGAAGUGGAUUCAGCAUAGGGAGGACUCGUCAGGCUGCCACCAGCACUGAGUCUGACAUCUUUAAAAUCUGGGACGAGGCAGUGGAACUGAAAUGCCACGAUCACUGAUGUAAGUGCCCUUCUCCCACUGGCCAGCAUAACUCCAUAAGUUGUUUCUUAUGCCCUUUCUGCUCCAAUCAGCUCUGUAUUUACAGGUGUUUUAGGCCUGGGUACCUGUGCCUCAACACGCUGUGCCUUUGUCACUGGCAGGAGAUGCCCAAGUGCUGUUGUUUUUCUGCCUGUCUGCUGGGCAGGUUUUCCUCUGCAUCACCAAAGCAAUAUACUCUGUGUUUGUCAAGGUGGCAACUGAUGUAAGCUGAGCUUAACUUCUGGCUUGGAGCGGGAGAAACAGUUACAAAGCUGCAAUAAUUAGCAUUGCUGUGCUCAGGCACUUGGAGUGGGAAGCAGAGCAACUGCACAGCUCCAGGUUAAUCCUUGGGGAAGAUGAGUCACCCUGUAACUCCCGCGGCUGCUGCUGCAGGUGCCACCCCUGUGAAUUCUUGUUGACACCACGAGAUGCUUUUUGCUCUCAUCCUGAAUAAAAAAACAUGCUGUUUACUAAUGAGUGAG